GCUUCCAAAUUUUCAUAUCACUUCCACAUCCAGAUACAACAGGGAUACAAAUCAGCACAAAACAGAAUUUUAAAACAUUCUGCAAUUACAUUAUCUAGUACUUUGUUUUUGAUUUAGUUGAUUCUGUGAUACUUUUAUCCGAACAUUGAACUCUUGAAAAUGAACUGCAAAAUCUUCACCGUCUCCAUCAUUGUCUUCCUGGCAUUUCUGGUUAUUUGUGAAGGAAUGAGCCUGGGAGUAGAUCAACGCUGUCGUUGCAUUAAAACAGAGUCUCGCCGCAUUGGCAAACAUAUAGAGACUGUAGAACUCUUUCCCCCCAGCUCUCACUGCAAAGACACAGAGAUCAUUGCCACUCUAAAGAGAACUGGUCAAGAGCUCUGUCUGGACCCAGCCGCUCCUUGGGUUAAGAAAGUCAUUGAGAAGAUCAUUGCCAACAAAGCACCAUGAACAUCUCGACUAUCAACAUCAACGCUGUUUUUAAAAGAAAUAUUAGGCAUGAAUCUUUCCACUUCAACAGAACUGAUGGCAACAUUGUUGCCUUUUGUGUGUGUGUGUGUGUGUGUGUGUGUGCGUAUUUAUAUUGUAUAUAUUGACAAUUAGUAUUUAUUUACUGAACAAAAUUAAGGUUAUUUAUUUUAUAUAUUUUAUAUUGUUUGUAAUGCCAGAGAUUUUAUACGUUUUCUAUUUAAGCCAAAGUGUGUUUGGAUGUACAGUAUGACAUUUUACUUUGAUAUUAAGCUUUACGCUUUCUCCCAUUCACAUACUGUAUGUGAUCAAACGGUUCGUCAAGUUAUUAUAGGAUGUCAUGUCAUUGAUAACUACUCAUUCUUGAGUAUAACAGACAGACACAAUGAUGUAUUUACAAUAGAUCAAGUUUCUACACUCAAUUUUGUAAGAAGUUUUGUUUCAUUGAUUUUGUAAUAAAUAUUUAUUUUGUAAUAAAUUUUGUACUAAAAAAGAAUAA